UCGUUCAACGGCAGCUCCCCCAUCUCACCUCAUCCAUCAUGGCGUCGUCCUGCCCAGCUUCAGCUCCCGCAUCACUGGGCGGGCGGGACUGCAGUUUGUUAGACUGCCCACCGUUGGGCACUUCCGCCGGGCUCGGGUUUCCUUCGACUCGGCAUUUAAAUUGAGCUGCAGGACAUCAGCUGCUGCUACAUUCAGCGCAGUGCUAUGACAGAAAAUAACCCGUAGCACUAGCAAAACAGGCUCCUUUUAUUUUAGAACACAAAAACGACAGAAAUAUUACUGUUGGUCCUGGGUUGUUUUGUGGGCAGAAGAGCGGUUGAACAAUAACGCUGCUUGAGCCCUGACAGCAGCUCGGUGCAUCAUUUUUGGGAUUCCUCUGCUAGCUGUUGGACAACAUUGAAUAGCGGUAACGUGAUUUUGUGCAUGAGCGGAAUGAUUUAACUGACUAGCAUAGAUUGGUAAACAAAACCAAACUUAUUGAAUGCAGUGUUUUUUGGCCCAGGAGCACGAGUGGCCUGGCCUGGGACGACCGAUGGACUAACGUUGAAUGAUGAGAGUGCAUUUAAAGGGUCAGGUUUAAAUUCUGAUUACAAUAUACAACAGUUUGGAUUUCUAUUGUAGACAUUAACGGAGACAAACCUCUUAAAUUUGCCUCCAGCUGGGGUGGAUCUAACAUCCCUCAGUAUCAUCAAUAACAACAGUCUUCACCUAUUCUAGUGAAGCACGACAGACUGACUGACUUUAACUGUUAUUUCAUCUAUUUUUUUUAGACUAAUGUGUGAUCUUUAGAUUUUCCAAAACAAACUUUUUAAAGAGAUUAAAUCUUUUUUGCAACAACAGUAUAUAUUUAUUUUUAGGGUGUUGUAGGCUACUAUAAUUUUUCUUAGGAUUCAAAGGGGGGUCUUAAGUUAUUUGUUUUUUUUAAAUAAAUUAGAUCUUUACUUGAUCUUCUUCUUGUCUUAAAUGUGAGGAAAUCUGUCUUUCAGCUUGACCUUAAUAGUAUCAGACCGAUACCUCAAGGACAAAACUAAUUUGUAGACCUUUCAGGAUAGACAAUUGACAAAAGUCAGUCAACAACAAAAUAAGCUGACACAAGUGACAAACAGCAUCUUUGACCAGUUACACUUAUCAAAGGCUUUAAUAGCUUUAACUAUAAGCAACCAGCAAUCAUGUUCAGCUGGCUUGGAAGCGAUGACAGGAGGAAGAAGGAUCCUGAGGUCUUUCAGACCGUCAGUGAGGGACUGAAGAAGCUCUACAAAACCAAACUCCUGCCGCUGGAGGAGUGCUACAAGUUUCAUGAGUUUCACUCUCCGGCUCUGGAGGAUGCAGACUUUGACAACAAGCCCAUGGUCUUACUGGUGGGACAGUACUCCACAGGCAAGACGAGCUUCAUACGCUACCUGUUGGAGCAGGAUUUUCCCGGAAUGCGGAUUGGCCCCGAACCCACCACGGAUUCCUUCAUCGCGGUGAUGCACGGCGACACAGAAGGAGUCAUCCCUGGCAACGCUUUAGUGGUUGACCCCAAGAAGCCCUUCAGAAAGCUGAACGCAUUUGGAAACGCAUUCCUCAACAGAUUUGUGUGUGCCCAACUGCCUAACCCAGUGCUGGAAAGCAUCAGUGUGAUUGACACACCAGGAAUUCUGUCAGGAGAGAAACAGAGGAUCAGUCGAGGCUAUGACUUUGCGGCUGUCUUGGAGUGGUUUGCAGAGCGAGUGGACAGGAUCAUAUUACUGUUUGACGCUCACAAACUGGACAUCUCUGAUGAGUUCUCAGAUGUGAUAAAAGCCCUGAAGAACCAUGAAGACAAGAUCAGAGUUGUGCUGAACAAGGCUGACCAGAUAGAGACCCAGCAGUUGAUGAGAGUGUACGGUGCCCUGAUGUGGUCACUGGGGAAAAUAGUCAACACCCCUGAGGUGAUCCGCGUCUACAUUGGGUCAUUUUGGUCCCACCCUCUGUUGAUUCCAGACAACAGGAAGCUGUUUGAAGCGGAGGAACAGGACUUAUUUAAGGACAUUCAGUCUUUACCGAGAAAUGCAGCGCUUAGAAAACUCAACGAUCUGAUUAAGAGGGCAAGACUAGCCAAGGUCCAUGCCUACAUUAUCAGCGCACUGAAGAAAGACAUGCCCUCUGUGUUUGGGAAGGAGAACAAGAAGAAAGAACUGAUCGGCAGCCUGGGAGAUAUUUACAAACGCAUAGAGAGAGAGCAUCAGAUAUCACCUGGAGAUUUUCCUAAUCUGAAGAAGAUGCAGGACCAACUCCAAGCUCAGGAUCUCAACAAAUUCCAGCCUCUGAAACCCAAACUCCUGGAAGCAGUGGAGGACAUGCUGGCCCACGACAUCGCUGGCUUAAUGGUCCUGGUCCGACAAGAAGAAAACCAGCGUCCCAACCCAGUCGUGAAGGGCGGUGCAUUCGACGGCACUAUGGACGGCCCGUUUGGUCACGGGUAUGGCGAAGGCGCCGGCGAAGGCAUAGACGAAGCAGACUGGGUCGUCGCACGUGACAAACCUGCUUACGAUGAGAUUUUCUACACAUUGUCUCCCGUCAAUGGGAAGGUGACCGGAGCCAACGCCAAGAGGGAGAUGGUGAAGUCAAAACUGCCCAAUACGGUGCUGGGAAAGAUCUGGAAGCUGGCCGACAUCGAUAAGGAUGGGAUGCUUGAUGAUGAGGAGUUUGCGUUGGCCAAUCACCUGAUAAAAGUGAAACUGGAGGGACAUGAACUGCCAUCGGACCUGCCUGCACACCUGGUGCCUCCUUCCAAGAGGAAAAUACCUGAGUAAAUGUAAGAUUACAUCAUCCUCUAACCCCAAAACCUAUAACUAGAUCCACCCCCUCCACCCAGAAGAAACUUAUCAAAAUUCAAACAUUAUUAUUUUUUGAAAAGAUUUGAACAAAAUUAGACCCCAUUUCCAACUCUGUUGGAUUCCAACCUGCUCUGUUGCUGUCAUCCCCACAUCUGCAGUAUUUCCUUAGCUUCAAGAGGCAAAUAUUACUACAAAAUAUUCAGUCAAAUAAAGAAUGAUAAUGAAUGAUAAUUGACUUAGCAUUUGGAUUUAAAUGCUACAUUAUUGCAGUGCUGAAAUGGCUUUUACCAGGGUAGAAAAACAGGAUCUUUUUGAGUCCUUUAAGUAUGAGAUAUUGGGAGCUGUUAGGUAGAACUGGGGUUUGAGAUGUUAGGACAGCUGAUAUGGUAAUUAAUGAAGACAAACUAUUUAAAAGUCUAAAACAAGAAACACUGGAAUACAACAACAUGUAAAGUGAUCUAAACUACUGGAAGAAAAUGGGAGAGAUGUGAAAAUGUGAAGACUAAAAGAAAGAAGUUUUGUUGGAAGUAUCAUUCUGGGAGAGGGGAACAAUGGGAUAUAAAUAAAAAUAUUGUAUUAUUAUCGGUAACGAAUACAGUAAACUCAUGUUUGACUACAAUAUUCCACACGGCCGCCAUACAGUCCUUGUAUUUCGAGGUCCUGCAUUGUUUUCGUUCUCCUGGCACGGCUGAGUAUUCUGGCUUUUGUUUCACGGCGACAUAUUAAAGAGCUACAAAGGUUUCCUGCCAAGUCGCUUGAAAUCCACACAAACAAAUUUGUAGAAGCGCGCGCACACACACACACACACACACACACACACACACACACACACAC